CUAGAGGCCGCUGGCAGAACUCUGGUUCCGCUAUGAGAUCAGUUCUAGGUCGUUCUUGAUCACCUGUUGCGGGAUGUUAGAGAGAGGAGGCCAUAUAACCCCUCGCUGAUGUUCUGCUCGAACCGUCAUGUCUAUCCCUUUACCUGAACCAACAACCAUCAUGUCUGUCGAGCCUCAGCCAUUCACCAUUGCCGUGCCUGAUUCUGAGCUGGAGCUCCUGCACAAGAAGCUUGACCUCGUUCGUCUUCCGGAUGAACUCGACGGAGCGGGGUGGGACUAUGGAGCCCCCCUCGAGGAUAUACGUCGCCUCGUCGCACGUUGGAAGGACGGCUAUGACUGGAGGAAGGCAGAGGAAGGGAUCAAUCAAAUUCCGCAGUUCACACGCAACAUCAUAGUCGACGGCUUCGGGACGCUCAAUAUCCAUUACGCCCAUCAGAAGAGCUCCACUGAGAACGCAAUUCCUUUGCUGUUCAUCCAUGGAUGGCCUGGGCAUUUUCUCGAAGUUGGGAAGAUGCUGCCGCUAUUGACCGCCGCAUCCCCUGACCACCCUAGCUUCCACGUUGUUGCGCUCAGUCUUCCCGGAUUCGGCUUUUCGGAGGCACCCAAGAAGAAGGGUUUUGCUGGUAGACAAUAUGCCGAGGUCGCCCACAGAUUGAUGGUUCUCUUGGGUUACGAUGAAUAUGUGAUCCAAGGGGGUGAUUGGGGUUCCUAUAUUGCCAAAAUCAUGGCUCAUGUAUACGGCAAAAGACAUGUCAAAGCAUGGCACACAAAUUUCCCUACAGCCCCGCCUCCGAGCUUCAGGAUGAGCCCCGCAAGAUAUCUGUCCUUUUUAAUGACGCCCUUCACGUUUCGCGAACGUACCGGAUUAGAUCGUAGCGAGUGGUUCGAGUCCAAAGGCAGCGGAUUCUUCAGGGAGCAAUCCACGCAACCACAGACGAUUGGGUACAGCCUGGCAGACUCACCGGUUGGCCUCCUUGCGUGGAUCUACGAGAAGCUCGUUCAGUGGGCGGACGAAUAUCCUUGGGAGGAUGACGAAGUGCUGACUUGGAUCUCCGUCUACUGGUUUUCCCGUGCCGGCCCCGCCGCGUCCGUUCGAAUUUAUUACGAGGUGAUGGCCGUCGACAAGCUUCCCUUCGUGAGGUCAUUGGCGAGCUCUGUUCCCCUCGGGCUGUCAUUCUUCCCGAAGGAGGUACUGGUCGUUCCGAAAGCAUGGACUCACUUUAUUGGCAACGUCGUGAUGCAGUGCGAGCACGACAGCGGCGGCCAUUUCGCUGCCCACGAGAGGCCAGGCGAGCUUGCGGGUGAUAUCCGCAGAAUGUUUGCCAAGGACGGCCCGGCGUAUGCGGUGGUUGAAGGGAAGAAUGGUUAUGAAGGACCGCCGGCUCUCCGUCCAACCAAAUCGAUAAUCAGCAGGGCGUUCAGUAGGAUGUCAUCUGCUGGUUAACUGACAGGCUGUGAUCUUGUAUCUUCUGAACUAUCACCACAGCGUGUAUAUUACUUGCUUGGCUCUAUGGACUAUCUCACGUAUGACUUCCAAGAAACAAUGAUUGAUGCCACAAAGUACAUGCAGCAGCUGCAGCAUCAGACAGUUAACCCGCGAGUGGCCAU